AGCGACCCCGACCUGACGUGGGAUGCAGAGCUUCAUGACUCUGCUAAGAGAGCAUGGGGACAGCUGCCCACCCCCGAAGGAGCUGGUGACCCUCACAGGCAGGCUGUGCCGGGACCUCCAGGAUGACUUGGCUGAGGUGCAGCCUUUGGUUGCGGCCAUUCUGGACAGCCAGCUCCGCUUGUACUUCCUGGACAACGCAGACGUGGCCCUGGUGUGCGCCCGUGUCCUGGACCAGCAGGAGCAGCAGCAGGCGGCCUGCCGGCUCCUGGAGGGGUGCCGGGUGCCAGGAGGCAGCCAGGAGCUGGUGCAGCUGUGGAACAACAUUCACUACCGUCUGGUCAUGAGGAGGCUGGGUGUGGCGAUGCUCACCCCAGUGCAGAGGUUCCGCUGCAGGAAGAGGAACCCCCCACCCAUCUCCCUAUGCCCGGAGGGGCAGAAGAGCCGGAACUUUCCCAGAGAGGUUCGCCAGAAGCUGCACGACUUCGCUGCAGGGGUGAGCACCAACCCCAGCAAGGCUGAGAGGGAGAACUUGGCCUUGGAGACAAACUUGACUACUGAGCAGGUGUACAAUUGGUUUGCAAAUUACCGGCGGCGGCAAAGGGCCCUUCCGCAGUGUGUGGAGCCAGCCCAAGAGGCCACGGCAGAAGAUCCCAGAGCAAAGAAGAGGGGUCCUGACCCCCUUCAGUCCUCAGGCAACCCCCAUGUUGACUCUGGGUUUGUGAACAGGCCUCAGUGGUCAGCAGGACAUCAGGAAAAUGGGCCUCCACAAGCCCCAGAGACCACCCAAGUGCCGUGGGAGCCACUGCCCUUGGCCCUGGACUUUCCUGGAGAUGAAACCAUCUCAAAGCCACUAGCUGCCAGCAACAGUCCCCAGAGUAUGCACCCAGAGGAUCCAGGCACAAACAGUGGACAGGCAGAGCUACAGGCGGGUAGCUUCCUGGUGACACAGCUCCCACUGCAGGCUCCUGAAUUCAUCCUCACCCAGAGUCCUCCAGAGCUGGCCCCGGCCAUGUCUGCCUUUCCCGGCCCUGUGUCUGCCAUGGAGCUGAGCCAGCCCCUGCCCUCCUCCAGCCAGGUGCAGUGGUCUGACAGCCAGGCCUCCUGUGACGCUUUCUGGGGAGCCAGGAUGCUCCUUGAGUUUUCAGGGGGCAGCCUAGGCUGA